AUGUCCGCCCCCGCAGGCGACGGCUACGGCCAAUUCCAGGAUCAUCCGCACGAUCAGCAGCCCGGCGCCCCAGCGCUCGACCCUGGCGCCGCUGCCGCUGCCGCGCCGAAGAAGAAGAAGCGUGGAUAUGCCGCUGGGGCAUUUGAUGUCGCUACCGGCGCCAAUGCCGGUGUCGGCGGCCCCAUGCAGCCCGGCGCACCCUCUGCACCUCAAUACGGAGGUUAUGGCCAGCCCGAUAUGCAGCAGCAGCAGCAGCCGCCUCAGCAGGCCGCCCCCGGAUACCAGUACGGCCAGACCUACGGCGCGCCCCAGCCCGCCGCUUCUCAGCAGGGGUACGGCGGUUAUCCCGCCCCCGACCAGACUGCUCAUGUCGGUGGGCAAGAUAUGGCCGGAAUCACGCAGGGCGUUGCGGGCAUGAACAUGAGUGGCCAGCAACCUUCUGCCAUGCCAAUGGCUCAGGCCCGCCAAGUCGCCCUCAACCAGCUCUACCCGUCGGACCUGUUGAGCCAGCCUUUCAACGUCGCCGAGGUUGAUCUGGCGCCCCCGCCCAUCAACCUUCCUCCCAACUGGUCUGCCAUCCAGUCUAGCGUUACUCGCUCCGAGACGGCCAAUUGCGCUCCCAAAUAUAUCCGUUCGACCCUCAAUGCGGUCCCGACAACCAACUCGCUGCUGAAGAAGUCGAAGCUGCCGCUCUCCCUCGUCAUCCAGCCAUACGGCUCCCUCCACGACGACCAAGACAAUGUUCCCGUUGUCCAGGAUCAGGUCAUUUCCCGAUGCCGGCGCUGCAGAACCUACAUCAACCCAUACGUAACAUUCAUGGACCACGGUCACCGAUGGCGCUGCAACAUGUGCAACCUGACCAACGAUGUACCCCAGGCUUUUGACUGGGACUCUGCCGCCCAAAAAACAGUGGACAGAUGGCAACGGCCCGAGCUGAACCACGCCGUUGUCGAAUUCGUUGCUCCGCAAGAAUACAUGGUCCGACCUCCUCAGCCUCUGGUCUACCUGUUCCUCUUCGAUGUCAGCUACGCCGCCAUCUCGAGCGGCCUGCUCGCCACCAGUGCUCGCACCAUCCUCGACAGUCUCAACCGCAUCCCCAACGCCGACCGACGUACCCGCAUUGGUUUCAUGGCUGUCGAUGCCAGUCUGCACUACUUUUCCAUCCCCAAGGACGAGGAUGAAAAUUCUGAGACCAACAUGCUGGUUGUUAGCGAUCUGGAGGAGCCUUUCCUUCCCGUUCCCCACGACCUGCUCGUGCCGCUGUCCGAAUCCCGCCAGAGCGUCGAGAAGUUCUUGCAGAAGCUGCCUGAAAUGUUUCAGAACAACCAGAGCAACGGUUCCUGCAUGGGGCCGGCCCUGCGCGCUGGGCACAAACUCAUCUCUUCCCUCGGUGGCAAAAUUGUCGUUCUGACGGCUUCGCUGCCUAACGUCGGCGCGGGCAAGCUCGAGAUGCGCGAAGAUAAGAAAGUCCUCGGCACCUCCAAGGAGGGCACGCUUCUACAAACUGGCAACAGCUUCUACAAGAGCUUUGCUGUAGAGUGCUCCAAGAACCAGGUCUCGGUUGACAUGUUCCUGUUUUCUUCCCAAUACCAAGACGUGGCUUCGCUCAGCAACUUGCCCCGAUACACUGGUGGUCAGACCUGGUUCUAUCCCGGCUGGCACGCUUCCCGACCAGAGGAUGCGCUGAAGUUUGCUUCCGAAUUCAGCGACUACCUCUCUUCGGAGAUUGGCCUGGAGGCUGUUCUGCGCGUGCGCGCCACGACUGGCCUCCGCAUGAACACAUUCUACGGCAACUUCUUCAACCGAAGCUCCGAUCUCUGCUCCUUCCCUGCGUUUCCUCGCGAUCAGUGCUACGUUGUUGAAGUGGCCAUUGAUGAGAACUUGACUAAGAACGUGGUCUGCUUCCAGGCUGCCAUUCUUCACACGACGUGUAACGGUGAGCGUCGCAUCCGCGUCAUGACGGUCGCGCUGCCCACGACGACGAACCUGUCGGAUGUGUACGCUUCGGCUGACCAGUGCGCCAUCACAACCUACUUCACCCACAAGGCGGUCGAGCGGGUCCUCAGCAGCGGCCUGGAUGCUGCUCGCGACGCACUGCAGGCCAAAGUUACAGAGCUUCUCCAGACGUUCAGAAAAGAGCUUGCUGGCGGCAGCAUGGGUGGUGGCCUUCAGUUCCCUGCCAACCUACGCGGCCUGCCCAUCCUUUUCCUCGGCCUAAUGAAAAAUGUCGGUCUUCGCAAAUCGGCACAGAUCCCCACGGAUAUUCGAUCUGCGGCGCUCUGCCUGCUCUCGACGCUUCCUGUCCCUCUCCUGAUACGCUACAUCUACCCUCGCAUGUAUUCGCUGCACGAUAUGCCCGACACGGCGGGCGUUAUUGAUGGUGAGACGGGGCAGAUUGUUCUGCCGCCGCCGCAGAACCUCACAUCGGAGCGACUGGCGUCUCACGGCCUGUAUCUCAUUGACGACGGGCAGACGCAGUUCCUGUGGGUUGGCCGCGACGCGGUGCCGCAACUAGUCGCUGACGUCUUUGGCGUCGACGACCGCACCAACAUCCAGGUAGGCAAGGGCCGGGUACCGGAGCUGGACGGAGACUUCAACGAGAGAGUGCGGGCUGUCAUCCAGAAGAGCAAGGAUCACCGCGCUCUGGGUGUUGGAAGCAUUACAGUGCCUCACCUGUACACUGUGCGGGAGGACGGCGAGCCGAGCCUGAAGUUGUGGGCGCAAACUUUGUUGGUGGAGGAUCGCGCGGACCAGAGCGUUAGCGCGGCGCAGUGGUUGGGCAUUUUGCGAGAAAAGGUUGUGCAGUAA